ACUGCUGCGGACCCAGGAAGACACUGGGAGUAUUGACGAAGGAUUUGUUUUUAGAUGGAGCCAUUAUAGUCCAUCGUACCUUCGCAAAAAAACUGAAGGAAAAGCCUGUGGUAAAUUGAGAAAAAAAACGAGGAUAACAUCCGUUCUCUGAAGAACUGCUGGAGGUCAGAGACAGAGAUAAAGAAAGCUGCACACACCCUCGGAUGCAUACGGUCUGUUAUCCCGAAGCCUCAAGCAAACUCAGUGAGCACAGUCUUGCAUCAGCAUCAGCAAGCAUUGAAGCUUCAAGUCUGUCGGUGGUGUGUUUUUCCUCCUGCUACCAAGGAGCAUCUUUUUGUGCCUCCGUGUAGGCACUGGUGCUGCCGUUUAACAUUUCGUUGUCUGUGCUGUCAUCAGGAGUACGGGCACCAGUAUCCGACGUUUUUGGCUUCCAGCACCUCCUGUGUGCUUUCUGUAGCUCUACUGGCAUCACUGGUGUCGGGAAAGGCUUUAUGAAUCCUUAAUGAAUCAGUUGUAAACUGCACAUUAAGGAGGAUAUUUUUGGGACUUCACUGGAUACAUAGGAUCCAGCAGGCGAUCCUUUUCAGUGGGUAUGUUGCGUAUAUAUUGCAGGACUGUAUUUUUCUGAAGACGUACAAGAAAAAAAUCGUUUGAGUGAACUCUAUAAACAAUAUUCUAAUUGAUUUACAGUCGUUAAAUCACCAUUACACCGUAUUCUCGGUGGUGAACUAAUUCUAAAGUUCAUGCGUAAAACCUUUUGGUACAGGCUUAAGUGAAGGCCGGGCCUGUGUUUUUGCCCGAAGGAACUGACCCAAAGCAAGUGCAACAAACUUUCACUGAGCUGGCUUUAGUUUUAUGGAAGUUUUGGCUUUUAGAUCUGCGGAAACAACGUGUUCUUCCACAACAAUGCUCUUCCACGGCCUCCCCGGAGGCGAGAUGCAAGGAGUUAUCGAUGAAAUGGACCGGAGAGGCAAGGGAGACUCUGCCGCAAUCAGCUCGGCUAUCGACAUGGGUGAAACCGAAGCGAGCCUGACGUCCAUCAACAGCGAGCGGGUGGCCCUGUGUGCCGGAUGCGGGGGAAAGAUAUCCGACCGCUACUACCUGCUGGCGGUGGACAAGCAGUGGCAUAUGCGCUGUCUCAAAUGUUGCGAAUGUAAACUCAACUUGGAGUCGGAGCUUACCUGCUUCAGCAAAGAUGGCAGCAUAUACUGCAAGGAAGACUAUUACAGCAGGAGAUUUUCCGUGCAGAGAUGUGCCCGGUGUCACCUUGGGAUAUCAGCGUCGGAGAUGGUUAUGCGCGCGAGAGACUUGGUGUAUCACCUGAACUGUUUCACGUGCACCACAUGCAACAAAAUGCUUACAACGGGAGACCAUUUUGGAAUGCGCGACAACUUGGUGUACUGUCGACUGCACUUCGAGACACUCAUACAAGGGGAAUAUCAGGCCCAUUUUAAUCACACGGACGUAUCCACAGUGAAGGGACUUGGUGCGGGCACUGCAAACUCUCUGGGACUUCCCUACUACAACGGAGUGGCAACGGUGCAGAAAGGGAGACCAAGGAAGAGAAAAAGUCCCGGGCCUGGAGCUGAGCUAGCGGCUUACAAUGCAGCCCUGAGCUGCAACGAGAACGACGGCGACCACCUGGACCGCGACUCGCACUACAGCUCAGGACAGAAGUCCAAGCGCAUGCGCACCUCCUUCAAGCACCACCAGCUACGCACCAUGAAGUCCUACUUCGCCAUCAACCACAACCCCGACGCCAAGGACCUCAAGCAGCUCGCGCAGAAGACCGGCCUCACCAAACGGGUACUGCAGGUAUGGUUCCAGAACGCUCGCGCCAAGUUCCGACGGAACCUGCUCCGGCAGGAGAGCACCGGCGUGGACAAGGUGUCUGACGGCUCCACGCUCCCCGGCGGCUCUCCCUCGGGACCCCCCUCGGAGCUCUCCAACGCCUCCAUGAGCCCCUCCAGCACCCCCUCGGCCCUCACCGACCUCACCAGCCCCUCCAUGCCCAACGUCAACCCCGUGCUCACGGCCGUGCCGGGGGGGAUGGACCCCCAUGACUCCAUGAGCCCGGGCCAGACCACCCUCACCAGCCUAUUCUGAUGGCAAACUGGGAGGGGAUACUAGAACUUUUCCUCUCUCACACACACUCUCUCACUCGUGUGCUCGGUGUCACCACCACCAACCUCAGCACCGACUGAAGCACUAAGUGGCCAUGGCAGACUGAGAGGGGAUACUUGAACCUUCCUCUCGCUCAAAAACUCUCACUCACUCGCUCGUGGUGUGUGUGCUCUGCCUCCCUGGUCCUCUUGGUGACACCAUGACCACCACCACUAACCUGAGACAACUUGAGCACCAACAGAAGCACUAAGUUGCCAGCAUCAUCUUAUCGAUGCUCCAGUCCGAACCUCUCUCCCCUCCCGGUUCCUCUCUCCUUGGAGCUCUCUGGAGCUCCCAGCCUGGAGUUUGUUUUCUCGCAGCGCAGGCAGGGCCUAAGCCUUUCGCUCGCUCGCUCUCUCGCUCGGUCUGUGUGUGGAAGGUAGCAGUUGGUGUUGUUGACUCUGGAGAAAAGUCUCCUGGCUCGUUGUUUGUGUCAAUGUCUCUGCCAUGUUUACAGGUCCGCGUGACUAAUCGGCCUCACUGUCAAGACACAUGUCCUUCUCAUUACUCCAUCUUCUC